AUGGUUGUACUGACCUAUAAGCCAGAACCAGGUGCCGAACAGUCGGUUAGUAUAGACUUUUUCUAUCAGCUCGAGUGGUACGAUCAUCGGCUACGGGCGCCGGUCGAUGAAAAGGUAACACUAGGCGCCCAAUGGAAAGACCGACUAUGGGUUCCGGACACCUAUUUCCGUAACGGUAUGUCAGGCGGUAUACCGAUUGGUGGUUUGUCGCCAACCGUCUAUUUUGUGGUAACCGACGGCACCCGUAUGUUUAUGGCUGCCAGAUAUCRGAUGAAAUUUUAUUGUGAUAUGGAUUUUAAAAAAUUCCCAUUUGAUACACAAUCGUGUCCUAUCAAUAUUACUACAUUAUCCAACAAUAAYGAAACGGUACAAUUGCAUUGGCAACUGUUUAGGAUAGGCAGUCAUGUARUGUUACCCGAGUUUGAAAUCGGGAAAGUUAAGUCARUUAAGGGCCAGUUUGACAAACUGUUAGGCSAAUUGGGUUUUUAUAGUAAUUUGUUUGCUGUCGUACAUAUGCAACGAAAUGUUGGCAAAUAUCUGGUUAAACGAUAUAUACCGUCAGCACUGGUAGUCAUUAUGACAUUCAUGGGCUUCUGGAUACCGAUGUCGGCCAUACCGGGACGGGUAGCACUGUCCAUAACUGGGUUGCUGGCACUGGUAGCCCAGCAAAUACAGGGUGAGAUCAACAUAUCAUAUAUCUAUGCACUGGAAGUCUGGACUAUCAUAUGUAUUGGGUUUGUAUUUUUGACACUAAUUGAGUUUGCAUUGGCCGUCGGUUGGCCUCAAUGUUUGGAUGGACAGGCUGUUAGCAACCAUCAGCAAAACAUGGCUAUCGGCAACAAUCGACUGGCCAAACGGUUGGCCAAUAUUGUGGCAGCCGAUCAACGUAAUAACGGUGUCGAUAAAGUGGCCAGAAUUAUAUUUCCCGUAGCUUUCGGCCUAACUAUUGUUGCCUACAGUCUAACCCUGUGUUAUAUAUAA